GGGGGUGACUGCUUUGGGGGAUAUCUUUGGCAUUGUGUGGUCUUCUCUAACUGUCUCAUCACUGUGGUCUUCUCUAGAUUUUUCUUCCUUUUUUAAUUUUCUGGGCGAUUACCUGGACUAUACCCCUGGGUCUCAGAAACAACCCCGUGUCUUUCUUUUGAGGCUAAGCAUUUCUCUUGACCAGCGAUCCCUCACCUUUGUGUUGUUGCCUCGUGUUUUUUGAGUUGAGACUUAGAAAUAUAAUUAUUUAAAACAAUUUUGUAUUGAACUGGAGUGAGAUUUUGAUACUUUUUAGACAGACAUCAUAGAGUGUUGUAAACUCAAAUUCUGUUCACAUUUUCAUGGAUAAAGUGUUUUGUCUUCUCAGUUGUAAUUGUUAGUAUUUGGGAAUUUGAAUAAACAUGGUGUGUGUUACCUGAAUUUUUUUUUUUUAAUUUGAUGGUAUAACAAGGCAUUUCGUUUUCAUUGAUAAAUAGGUCUUCUAGGGGCGAGGAGAGAAGGUUAAACAAUUCAGAGCACUCAUUCUUGCAGAGGACCCAACCAAGUUCAACUCUCAGUUCCCACAUGAUAUCUCACAGUCAUCCAUAACUCCAGUGCCACCUUUUGAUGCUCCUCUGCUAAUAGGCAGGGAUGUGGUAUAUAUACAUACAUCAUGCAGGCAAAACACUCAGAUAUAUGAAAUAAAUCUAAAAGCGUUUCUUUUUCUUUUUUUGGUCAGUAAGCUCAGCCCCCCCCUUUUUUUUUUUUGUAAAUUUGGAGACAGGUUUCUCUGUGUAGCUCUGGCAAUCCUGGAGUUUGUUUUGUAGACUACGCUGGCUUUGAACUCUCAGAGAACUACCUGCCUGCCUCUGCCUCCCAAGUGCUGGGACAAAAGGAAUGUACUACCCACUGGCUUAUAAAAAUUGCUCUUUCUAGUUAAUAUCCAUGCUUAGUUAAACUGAACGUUUCUGUAUUAAUGCAAAGAACACAAAAGUAAGAAAAGAAUUACCUAACAUUUUAAGUGAAAUUUUGUAAGUUUUUGUCUCUAGUUCAUUCUAUUCUGUAACUUAUUGAAAGCCUACUGUGUCUUUCAGUUACUGAGACUUAAUUAUGGGAGCAGGAGAAUUAGUGUUUUUCUAGUAAAUGUCCUUGCCGCUGCCUAGGAGAUAACUAACCUGCUCAUUGUGGAAAAAGUAUUAAUUUAUAAAAGUUAAAGUAUCUGAAUAUAAAACUUCCUCAAAUUUUACUUUAAACUUUUCUUUGUAUUUAAAACUCUACUUUAUCAUGAUGUUUUAUGUGUUUUUGCUUCCUUUUUUCCUUUAGUUUUAUUUUUUUAGUUAAUUUACUUACAUGUGUACGAGUGUCUUGCCUGCAUGUCUGUGCAUAGAAGAGGGUGUCCCGGAACCUAACAUAGUUGUAAGCUGAUGUGUGGGUGCUAGGACUUGAACUUGGGUCCUUGGAAGAGGAGAUAGUACUCUCAAACUUUGAGCUAUCUCUCCAGCACCUCCCCUCCCCUCCCCUCCCCUCCCUUUACCUGCUGAGCCAAUAGUAACACUGAUAGUAGGCCUUUCUUUUUCUUUGGUUUUAAUUAUAUGUAGAUGUGUGUGUCUGAGGUGCAUGUACACAUGAAUUCAGUGCCUGAAGUCUGAUAGUCUUACUUUUUAUUGUUUGUUUUGGUUUUUGUUUCUAGGGUUUCUCUGUAUAGCCCUGGCUGUCCUGGAACUCACUCUGUAGACCAGGCUGGCCUUGAACUAAGAAAUCUGCCUGCCUCUGCUUCCUGAGUGCUGGGAUCAAAGGCGUGCGCCACCAUGCCCGGCUAGUCUUCCCUUUUUUUUUUUUUUUUUUUGCUGAGAUUUGAACUCAGGACCUUCGGAAGAGCAGUCAAUGCUCUUAACCGCUGAGCCAUCUCUCCAGCCCCCUAGUCUUCCUUUUUAAAGAUGUAGUUUGAUUUUAUAUUUAUGGGUCUUUUACCUGUAUAUAGGUCUGUGUAUCAUAGUCAUGCCUGGUACCUAUAGAAGCCAGAAGAGGACAUCAGAUCUUCUGGAACAGACAGUUGUUAGCCUCCCAAAUGGGUGCUAGGAAUUGAGCCUGGGUCUCCUAGAAAGGCAGCCAGUGUGUAUUUGUUUUUUUUGUUUUUUUUUUUGUUUUUUCGAGACAGGGUUUCUCUGUAUAGCCCUGGCUGUCCUGGAACUCACUUGGUAGACCAGGCUGGGCUCGAACUCAGAAAUCUGCCUGCUUCUGCCUCCCGAGUGCUGGGAUUAAAGGCAUGCGCCACCACGCCUGGCUGUUUUUUUUUUUUUUUAAGAUUUAUUCAUUUUUAUUUUAUGUGCAUUGAUGUGCCUGCAUGUACGUCUGUGAAGCUGCCACACCUCCUGGCAUUGAAGCUACAGACAUACAGAUAGGUAUGUGCUGCCAUGUGGGUGAUGGGAAUUAAACCCAGGUUCUCUGGAGAAGCUGCCAGUUCCUUAAACUGUCGAGCCAUCUGCCCAGCUCCAGAACAGCUAGUGUUUCGACUGACAUUAGUCCAGGGUCCUGGUAAUUUUAAGAAACAUGUUUCUCUAUUUCUGUAUUAAAUGCUUUUUUUUUUUUUUUUGAAGCAGGGGUUUCUCUGUGUAGCCCUGGCUGUCCCUGGAACAUUGUCUGGCUCCAAAUACUUACUUAAAACAUAUAAAAGCUUUUAUUGAUGGUUUGUUUUGAGACAAGGUCUGACUGAUUAUGUAUUCAAGGCUGGCCUUAAUUUUUUUUUUAAAGAUUUAUUUGUUAUAUGUAAGUACACUGCAGCUGUCUUCAGAUACACCAGAAAAAGGCAUCAGAUCUCAUUAUAGAUGGUUGUGAGCCACCUUAUGGUUGCUGGGAUUUGAACUCAGGACCUUUGGAAGAGCAGUCAGUGCUCCAGCAACCCUCCCCCUCCUUCCUUUUUUUUUUUUUUUUUUUUUAAAAACAGACAGGGUUUCUAAGUGUAGCCUUGGCCUAUGUCUUGAACUCACUCUGUAGACUAGGCUGGCCUGGAAUUCAGAGAUCAGCCUGCCUCUGCCUCCCAUGUGCUGCGAUUAGUGGCAUGUGAUAUCACAUUCGGCUCAGAUUACAGUUGUUUUUGUUUUGUUUUUAAGUUUUAUUUUUAUGUACAUUGGUGUUUUGUCUGUGUGUCUGUGUGAGAGUCUGGCCCACUGGAACUUGAGUUACAGACUAGUGAACUGCCAUGUGCAUUCUGGGAAUUGAAUCUGGGUCCUAUAGAAGAUCAGCCACUGCUCUUAACCGCUGAGUCAUGUCUCUGGCCUCCCAGAUUACAGUUUAAAUGGAGAAUCUGAACCCGAGUUCAGAUCUGUUCAGUGUGGCUGCUCAUUGCCUGAGGGAGUAAAUGGGUUCACAGGCAGAUCGAGCCGUCACAAGCAUAUCUCACUUUUCCUUAUAAAGGCAUGCAUGUGAAAACUAUCUAUCUGUUCACAUUGAAAUAGAGUAGUGAAUGAAAGCAGUUGUUUAGAAUUUUAGUCACUUAUGAUAUCAUCAGUGUGCUAAGAGGAAAUGAAUGCCUGAAUACUUUGUACCACACCUCUAAACCAAAACGGGAUACACUGGGAAAGGACUGAAAGUUUUCUUGCUUGUAUUGUUGUAUUAAAUUGUUCCUAAGGACCUGAAUUUGUAUUUGGGAAUACUUUGCUUGUUUCCUUGAAAUUAUAUUGGGUAUAACCAGUUUCUGUGUAACCCUGGCUGGUCUGUGUAGACCAGGCUGUAUUGUCCCAUGCCUCUGCUCUGGGAUUACAGGUUUGGCCACCAGGCUUUGCUCAUUAUCAGUUACUUCAUGCUUACUCAACACUUCCAGUGUUUGAGUCACUGCACUGGCUCAUGGGAAAAUCUUGUGAUGCUGAGUCAAGAGGCUACCCAUGUGUGUUUUGGUAGCUUCGUUUUCCCCUUCAGAACUUGAUAUUGUGAGACUUCUAACUUUUUUUUUUUUAACCUGGAGAGUUUAAAAUGCUAUCUGUUGUAUGAUUUUUAAAUUGACAUUCCUAGAGUUGAGCGUGUUUUCAUGCAUUUGUUGGCAGGUGUGCUUCUGGGAAGUUUGUGUUUUUAUUUGUUGUCAUUAUUUUGGAUUGCUUCUCUUCCUGGUUGAGUGAGAUUUCUUUAUUCUGGUUAUCUUUUGAGACAGGGUCUUGAGGUAGCCCAGGCUGGCCUUUAUAAAGCUCCUGAUCCUUCUGCCUCCUCCUCUCAGGUGUAAAUCACCGCAUUCAGCUUAAAUUAUUAUUGUUAUUUUUGGUUUUUCUUUUUUUUUUCUUUUUUUUUUAAUUUUUGGUUUUUCGAGACAGGGUUUCUUUGAGUAGCCCUGGCUGUCCUGGAACUCACUCUGUAGACCAGGCUGGCCUCGAACUCAGAAAUCCACCUGCCUCUGCCUCCCGAGUGCUGGGAUUAAAGGCGUGCGCCACCACGCCCAGCUUAAAUUAUUUUUUAAUUUAUGGUUUAUGAUUAUCCAUUUGGAUUUUCAUGACUUUUCAUUUUUUAUUCGUGUAUGUGUUUUGGUGAGAGUAGCCCAUGAUCUUUUUUGUGUUGUUGAUUUCUUAAAAAUCACACGGCAGCACACAUUUGGUGGUCAGAGGACAAGUCAUGGGAGUCAGUUUUCUUCCACCAUGUGGAUCCUGGGAUACAAACUCAUCAGACUUGGUGGCAGCUGUUGAGCCAUCUUGCUGGCCUUGUUGAUUUUGAGACAGGGUCUGAUUACAUAGCUUUGGCUGAACUUUUGUCAGUGUACUUUUUGUUUAGUCACUUUUAGUACUUUUAGUCAGUGUCCCAAGAGCUGGAACUACAAGUGUGUACCAUCAUAGCCUGCAAAAAUUCAUUUUAAUGAUCAGAGCUUUUCAGUCUUUUAUAACCUUUUUUAAAAAUUAAAUUUAGGAAAUUCUUUGCUUCCAGGCAUGCUAUUUUAAACACUUUCUUUUAAUGUUGGUACUGGGGCUUGAUUUAAGGCUUGUAAAUGCUAGGUAAGCACCCUACCACUAACCUACAUUCUAUUCCCAACAUGCCAUUUCAAUAAAUACAAUAUCACAUCAGUGUAGUAUGCAAUUUGACAUUUGAGGUCAACCUGGGCUAUAUGAAUCUUUGUUUCAAAAGAAAAAAAAAAGCAAACUUCUCAGGAAUUUUGGCAUCACAAGACCAGAGAGGUUUGUUUUUUGUUUUUUUGUUUUUUUUAAAGAUUUAUUUAUUAUAUGUAAGUACACUGUAGCUGUCUUCAGACACUCCCGAAGAGGGCAUCAGAUUUCGUUACGGAUGGUUGUGAGCCACCAUGUGGUUGCUGGGAUUUGAACUCAGGACCUUCAGAAGAACACUUGGCGCUCUUAAGCACUGAGCCAUCUCACCAGCUCCCCAAGAGAGGUUCUAAAUGGCUUCUAAGAAGUUGGGGACAGAUGUUCAUGGGACUUUCAGUUACCUUGACGAUGUCCCAUUUAAGAUAGGAGACAAAUUCAAAACACCAGCGAAAGUGGGUCUGCCUAUUGGCUUCUCCUUGCCUGACUGCUUACAGGUUGUCAGAGAGAUGCAGGUAACCCCUCUAAAUUUCUCAGUGUCACAAGUGCCCAACAUGCCUAGCUGUCCCCAGGCCUAUUUGGAACUGCAGGCACUGUCUCCGAGUGAGCGGCAAUGUGUAGAGACAGUAGUCAACAUGGGCUACUCAUAUGAUUGUGUCCUGAGAGCCAUGAGAAAGAAAGGAGAGAAUAUUGAGCAGAUUCUCGACUAUCUCUUUGCACACGGACAGCUUUGUGAGAAGGGUUUUGACCCUCUUUUAGUGGAAGAGGCUCUGGAAAUGCACCAGUGUUCAGAAGAAAAGAUGAUGGAGUUUCUUCAGUUAAUGAGCAAAUUUAAGGAAAUGGGCUUUGAACUGAAAGACAUUAAGGAAGUUUUGCUAUUACACAACAAUGACCAGGACAAUGCUCUGGAAGACCUCAUGGCCCGGGCUGGAGCCAGCUGAGACCUGGCCCUGCUACGGCCCUGCCACAGCACCACCAUUCCCCAAGGAGGCUCUGCACAGCUCACUUGUGGGGAAGACGGGACAUGCUUCCAGAUUUUCUUUGGGGGUUAGAAGGUCGGAUGUGGAGUUGACACUUGUUAGUCUCUGUGAGCCCAGGCCUGAGCUGGGGGAAAGUAGGAAGAUUUGGGCAUAUAUGCUCUCUAUUGGUUCCUUCCAUAUUAAACAUACCUGUGUUUUGAGAAGUGUCCUUCCCACUUUGGGCUUUCAGAAGGAAUACUUGGUUCUUUCUGGGGUCUCUAAUGUUCUCAGCCAAAACCUGGCCUGGCUACCAAGAAGAGUGGGAAGACAGGAGGAGCAGACUGCUGCUGUUUUGGGGCUAGAUCCUUUCCUCUCCUCUCUGCUGCACCACUGUCAGACUGGGCUCUAACCCAAGUGGAAUGCAACUGAGAGGGUCUUCCUGGGCCCGCCUUCCCCGACAGCCCUAGUGUUACACUGGUUCUGGAGUGUCUCUGCGGUACAAAGAUGCACUUUUCUUCAUGGGGCAAAGUCUGCCUCUUCUGCCAGGCAGUUCCCAUUUGCCCCUGUCCAGACUGUUUCUUUUGGCUUAGACCAUAAUCCUCUGCUGCCCGGGGCAUUGGAGCCCCUGUGCUAGGAAGCUGUCAGUUUUGAGUAUCAUUGGCCCUUUCCAGCACAUGGGUGAGAAAACAGGCCACGACUUGUCACUCAGCACUAACCCCCAGUUCUUGAACAGCCUCCUCCAGCCCUGCUUUAGGAUGACACAAUGAAUAACACCUAGGCAUAGAAACCAGUCUCUUUGGUUUGUUUGUAUUAUGUUCUACAAUAUUAAAGAUCUAAAUACAAAGGAUAUAAUACAGUCUUGAAUCUAAAGUAAUUUGCUAACUAUUUUGAUUCUUCAGAGAACUACUAAUAAAAAUCUAAAAGGUA